AGUGUACAUAACCAACAGUGAAGGCUUGUAGAAAAUCCAUAGGAAACCCCAGCUUGACAGAUCGACCCUCAACCAACAUCUCACCUAAUUCUUCACCAUGACGGACGCCGUUCUCAACCCAGCAUGCUGUGCCAAACCCGCCGUCGUCACAGGCGAGUACACACCAAAGGGCACGUACGAAGACAUCGGGGGAUUCAAGACGUACAUCUCCGGCCCAAGCACCUCCACCGCCGCCCUAAUCCUCAUCCACGACAUCUUCGGCCCCGUCUCGCAGAUCAUCCAAGGCGCAGACCGCCUCGCAGCCUCAACCGGCCAACUGAUUCUAACCCCCGAUUUCUUCAACGGCAAGAGGCUCGCGAAGGAUUUGUUCCCGAUGGACACCGAUGAGAAGCAGGCAACAGUGGGGAAGUUUUUCGCCGAGGUGGCUGGCUUCGAAGAGGGCACCAAGUCCCUCCUCGCCGUCCGCAAUGCUGGCAGCGAGAAAUUUAGCUCCGUGACCGCGUGGGGCGCAUUUGGGCUCUGCUGGGGUGGAAAGGUGACUGCGUUGGCGAGUGCGGAGGGCAGUCUGUUUAAAGCGGCUGGGACGGCGCAUCCAGGUCGUCUCGCAAUCGACGAAGCACAUGGCAUCACAAUCCCCUACAUCUGUCUCUUCUCCAAAGACGAAGAUACCGACCUCGGCAGGGAAUACGGUAAGGUACUCAUGAGUAACCCGAAAGCAAAGGGCAGCGUGUUCGAGACGUAUGGGACUAUGCAUCAUGGGUGGAUGGGUGCGAAGGCGGAUCUGGAGAAUGAGGAGAAUGCGAAGGAGUACGUGAGGGGGUAUGAGCAGGCGUCGGAGUUCUUCAAAGCGUUGUUGGUGUGAAAGUGUCAGGGGGGAGUGUCGGUAGACAACUUGACGGUUAGACAAAUAUUAGAAGCGUGAGUAUAUGAG